AUGGAGAGCCCCCCGAACCUCGGCUGCGUUUCACCUGCAGCAACAGCAGCAGCAGCAGCAACAAUAGGCCCACCAGCAGCCACAUCAACAGCAUCAGCAACAGCAGCAGCAGCAGCAACAACAACAACAGCAGCAGCAACAACAACAACAGCAGCAGCAACAACAGCAGCAAGAACUGGGAGCACCCGCUUUGCUGCUACCUCUUGGCGUGCAUCUUUAAGGUCGUCUGUCUCCUCCUUUAGCUUUCAAUUACUCUUUACUGCUGUUUGUCUCUGCUGCUUUUUCUGUCUCCUCGAGCUUUCUCUGCCUUCUCCUACGCAAGCAGCAGCAACAGCAGCAGCAGCAGCAGCUCUUGCUGCUGCUUCUCCAGGCCCCUUCUCCUUUGUCUUGCUUGCUGCUGCUUCGAGCACAGAGAUAUUCCCUGAAGCAGCAGCAGCAGCAGCAGCAGCAGAAGCAGAAGAAGAAGAUGAUGACUCCGACUUCUUGUCUCUAUCGACGGAGAGCAGCAGCAGCAGCCCCGAAGCAGCAGCAGCAGCAGCAGCAGCAGCAGCUGACUAUGACCUGAUUGGAGCUGCUGCUUCAGCUCUGCUGCAUGAAGAUGCUGCAGCAAAUACACCAUACGGGGGCCCUCUAGAAGAAGCCGAGAGACAGCGAGAAGAUUUGCUGCCAGCAGAGGAGACAGAAGAGACACAGCUGCAACAGUAUCUGCAUGAAGAAGAGGAGCUUUCUAUCCCUACUGCUGCUGCUCCUGCUGCUCCUGCUGCUGCUGCUGCUGCUGAUGAGCUGCUAGAGGAGACAGAGCACGAUCUACCCCUUCCUUUAGAUAUAUAUUCACCUGAGACGGAAGAAGCAGCAGCAGCAGCAGCAAGAGAACCCGCAGCAGCAGCGGCAGCAGCAGCAGCAGCAGCAGCAGAAACAGAAAUACAUGUCCCAUCAAAAUACAAAUGGGCCGCGUUUUGUUUGCGCGAAUACUUGGAGGAGGCCUUCAACAGCUGGGAUCUGCUGCUGCAGCAAAGCUGCAGCAGCAGCAACCAGCUGUUUCCGUCUUACUAUCUGAUGCACAAGCAGCAGCAGCAGCAGCAGCAGCAGCAGCAGCGCAACAGAAUUCCUCUUGCUGCUCAAUCGGCAUUUCUGGUGUAUCCUCUCUUAGUUCAUUUGUAUCAGGUGUAUGGGGAGCUUCCUCUGAGUGUACAGAGAGCUAUAUCAUCAUUAGCUGCAUACUUAAACGGGAAGGAGUUGCUGCUAAUCCCUGCUGCUGUUAUUCCUACUGAGGUGUAUAUACACCUCGGCGCUGCUGCACUACCUGAGCUGCUGCAGGAAGAGCCCAGCGACGAAACAGACACCGCCAGCAGCAGCAGCAGCAGCAGCAGCAGCAGCAGGAGCAGCAGGAAGAGGAAGGAGCUGGCGUCGCUGGUCAGGAGUUUUCCUCUGCGUGUUCUUGAUGCUACAUCUCAAUCGCCUCUUUAUGCUGCAGAUGCUGCAGCUAAAAAAGAAAUAGCAGCAAAUCUACUCGGAGAUCUCGGAGACCCCUUAUAUCCUUUUAAUGAUGCUCCUGACUUCUCUUCUUCUCUUCGCUUAAUUCAAUCUGCAAGACAAUUAGCAGCAACAGUCGGGCUGAGCAUGCAGAAACACGGAGAAGAGAUGGCUUCGACUUAUUCACAAAUAUCUGCAAUUGAGGAGACAGAAGCAGAAGAGAUGCAGCAAGCAGCAACGCCGCACUUGCUGCCUUCCCCAGCAGAAGCAGCAGAAGCAGCAGCAGCAGCAGCAGCAAAAGCAGCAGCAGAAGCAGCACCAGCAGCAGAACCAACAGCACCACCAGCAGAAGAAGCAGCACCGGCAGCAGCACCAACAGCACCACCAGAGGAAGAAGCAGCAGCAGCAGCAGCAGCAGCAGCAGCAGCUAGCGAAAAAGCAGAGCUAGCUAUAGAAGCAAGAGAAGCGCCUCCACAAGAGAUACAGCUUACCCCUGCGGAGCAGCUGGAGGCUGCAGAAGAAGAAGAAGAGAAAGAAGAAGAAGACGAGAAAAAAGAAGAAGAGAGACAGAGAGAAGAGGAAAGAAAAACAGCAAUUAUAACAGAAAAGGAGACAUGCAUUUGGGUGUACACUGUACAACAGAAGGAGACACGGCUUUCUCUGGGUGGAGCUGCUGCUGCUGCUGCAGCAGUUGCUGCAUUUAAAAGGCCUUUAAGACAGCGACAGAGAGAAGAAGAAGAGAGACAGAAGAAAGAAAAGGAGACAGAAGAAGAAGGAGAGAAGGAAGAAGAGCAAGAAGAAAAGGAGACAGAAGAAAUAGCAAAAGCUGCAGAGACAGCAGAAAAGAAGGCAGGCGGUCUGUCUCUGGGUGCUGCAAUGCGUGUUGCUGCUGCUGUUGCUGCAUUUAAAAGGAGACAGCAGCAGAAGAAGGAGACAGCAGCAGAGGCGCUUAAAGCAGCAACAGAGGAGACACUUGAAGCUGGAGAAAGAGAAGAAGCAGAAGAAGAAAAGGAGACACUAGAAAUAGAGGAGGCAGCACAACAGCAGCAAGAGAAGAAGGAAGAAGGGCCCGCAGCUAUUGCUGCUGCUGCAGCAGAAGAAGCAGCAGAAGAAGAGGAGACACUAGAAAUAGAGGAGACAGCACAGCAACAGCAAAAGAAAGAGAAAGAAAUGCCUGAAGCUGUUGCUGCUGCUGCAGCAGAAGAAGCAGCAGAAGAGGAGGAGACAAAAGCAAUAGAGGAGACAGCACAGGAGACGCAAAAGAAAGAAGAAGAAAGGCCUGUAGCUGUUGCUGCUGCUGCAGCAGAAGAAGCAGCAGAAGAAAAGGAGACACUAGAAAUAAAGGAGACACAACAAGCCCCCGAACCAGAAAAAGAGGAAGAGCUGUUAAUUGCUGCAGCAGCAACAGAAGAAGCAGAGGAAGAAAGAGAAACAACCGCAGAGGUGUCUCCUAUGGAGAAGAAAUUAUGUCCGGGUUCGAAGCCCCCGUCUCCUGCGGAGUUUCACAGAGAGUUUGCGGUGUCUGUACACCCCAACGCAAAGAAGGAAAUCCUAAAGAGAGCAGCAGCAGCAUUAAGAGAGACAGAAAUUAGACUAAGAGGAGCAGCGUGGGGCGACAGCUUUAAUAUUCUUCUUAGUCUUCUUCAGCAGCAAACUGCUGAUGCACAAUUUAUUGAUAAACUCAAAGAGCAACUGUUGAAGACGAAUCAAUUGGAGGGGGAACUGCUGGCUCUAUCUGAGGAGUACACUGCGGAGACAGCGCCGCAUGCACCUGCAGCAGCAGCAGCAGCAGCAGCAGGAGCAGCAGCAGCAGCAGCAGCAAGUCGCCCCAAAGACAGAAGAAAAGAAAAGGAGACAGUGAAGAAAGCAGCAGAUCUCCUGCAGCAAAUAGCAGAAGACACCUUCAUGGGUUUAUCGAGACUAAAGAAAUAUAUUAAGUGCUGCGACAUAAACAAAGACAGCAAACAACAGCACUGGGGGCUGACGCCUAAGACUGCUGCAGCUUCUCUAAACCCUCUACUCUCUAAGAAGGCUUUAAAGCUAAUCAGCAAGUGCUUGAUGAAGAGGGUUUCGUUUGCAGCUGAAGGGCGCAAGAAAGCAGAAAGAAGAAAGCAAUUCUUGCAGCACCUAAAGAAAUGUGUAGACGACAACAUAAAGGCCUUCCACGAUUUCUUUGAUGCGUCUUCUUGUUUGCUGCACCGACAGUUUAUGUCGCUGCCAUACAAAGACCGCGAGGAGCUGCUUUCUGCUGUCUCCUUUCCUGAGCCUCCACCUGUCUCCUUUCUAGCAACUGUCUCCUCAGCUGUCUCCCCAGCUGUCUCCUCAGUGUCUCUUGAUGAGGCGUCUUCUUAUAUAGAGCUCUUAAACGGCAUAUAUUUGCAGUCUUCUGCUUCUGAGUUGUCUCCGUCUGAAAGAGAGCAGCAGUUGGAGGAGCUUGUCUCUUUAUUUGAAGCUGCAGAGACAGCAGAAAAGGAGACAGACAUAAAAGACAAGCUAGCUGUCUUCAGCGAUAUUGUUAUUGAAGUGUCUCUUGUGCCUCCUCAUCAGCUUAUCUGGGCUGUAUACGCAGGUAUUUAUUUAUUUUAA